GAUUUCAUUGGUGUAUACGCCCAAACAUCAGUAUAUAACACUUACAAAAGGGUCGUUUGUUUCUCAGUUGCGUUAUCAUCUCUUCAGAAUUAAGUUUUUUGAUUUUUGAACACACACUCAACAGGAAAACCAUGAACACUUUAGUGGUAUUGGUAGCAAUUGUUGCUAUGGUGGCUGCGGCCCCACAAAAGCCAUUUGAGUUCAAUAAUGGAUUAUACCAAGGAAAUCAAGCAUAUUAUCCAGGACAACAAGGAUAUUAUCCUGGAUACUCAGGAUACCGUGGUUACUACCCGGGAUAUCAAGGAUACGCAGGGUAUCCCGGUUACCAAGGAUAUCAAGGAUACGCAGGGUAUCCCGGUUACCAAGGAUAUCAAGGUUACAAUGGUUAUAACCGUGGAUACUAUCCUGGAUAUCAAGCCCCUGCUCCCUUGCUUAAGGUCAACGCGAUCCCAACGCCUGCUCCAAUCUACAAGUCUGUUGACAACAAACUGCCGGCAAUCAUUAGCCAGUCGCAGGAAGUAAACCCUGAUGGAAGCUUUAAAUACGGAUAUAAGACGGAAAAUGGAAUCGAAUCACAAGCCGUAGGUUACGUGAAAAACCCAGGAACCGAAGGAGCCGCUCAAGUAAUUGAAGGUUCAUACGCUUACCAGGGGGAUGAUGGCGUUCCAGUUGAAGUAAGAUACUACGCCGAUGAGUCUGGUUAUCACGCAUUCGGAAACGUAAUCCCGACCACACCGCCCGAAAUCGCCAAAUCGUUGGAACUUAACGCUCAAGAAGCGGCAAAACCACAAUUAGAAAUCUCUAAAUGAAAAUAGAUCAAAUAGAACGGAUAGCGCUUCUUUCUUCGUUUAUGUAUAUCAUAUCGAUCGAUACAUAUUGUAUUGCGCAAUUUUAUACAUAAAUACUUUUGGAAAUAUAACAAAGAAAAAUGUUUUUUUUUUACGUUUGUAUAAAAACUUUUCAUUGAACUUAUUACUGACUAUUGAGUUCAAUAUAUAAAUACUACAACUAUUAUGAUAACAGUACUGUUACUAUGUAUAAUAAAAUAAACAGGUGAAUUUUUAUUA